AGAGCGCGCAGCAGGAAACACUUAUACUGAUAAUCCCUCUGUCCAUACACACACCUCGAAGGCGAGGUAAACACCAACCGAGCCUGCUUCACAUUACCAUCUGGCGUGGUUUUCUUCUUCAGCCCGGGAUCAUUUAGCAAACCUGUGUGAGUCGUGGACAGAACCGGGUCGUCGGGCCGCGGUGAAUCAGGUGGCUGAGAGGAGAAACUGUGAGCGAGGCAGUGCGUGGUUCCUGCUCUUCCAGGGAGGAUGAAGAGGUUCCGGCGACAUGGACACGAGUCUCAUAGGGACAAGCACAAACAGGAUCUGUAUCAGUUCAACAAGACGGUAGAGCAUGGCUUCCCCCAUCAGCCCAGCGCUCUGGGAUUCAGCCCCUGUCUAGAGCUCCUGGCAAUUGGUACCAGAUCAGGAGCCAUUAAACUGUAUGGAGCUCCUGGUGUGGAGUUUAUGGGACUUCAUGACGAGAAUGCGGCAGUUACACAGGUGCACUUCCUGCCAAACCAGGUGGAGUUUGUCACUUUGCUGGAUGAUAACAGUCUGCACAUGUGGACACUUCGGGCCCAUAGUGGCAUGUCUGAAUUACUUGAAAUCGGCCGUUUCACUCUCUCUGGUCCACCUGGCGCCCCUCCCAGUGUGACGCGGGUCACGGCGGUCCUGGCACACUCAUCGGGUGAACUUCUGCUGCUGGGCACAGAGGGAGGGCAUGUGUUUGUGGUGGAGGUGCCUGGCUUCAGAGAGCUGGAGGAGAAUAACAUUAGUGUAGAUGAUGUACAGAGCAGAGUUCCAGAGGAGUAUGUCGGCCGCAGGAAUCUGGAGUGUGUGGAGGCCCUGCAGGAGAACCCGCUCAACCCACGGCAGGUUCUGAUUGGCUACAGCCGAGGCCUUAUGGUUCUGUGGGAUCUGGAUCGCAGGCGUCCCGUCCAACACUUUCUAGGCAUACAGCAACUGGAGAGCGUUUGGUGGAUGGAGGACGGUGGGAACAUCCUCAGUUCCCAUAGCGACGGAAGCUACUGCAACUGGACCGUAACUGGUGAAGAUCCGCAAACUGAACCUGAGAAACAAGAGAUACCAUACGGCGCCUUUCCCUGCAAGGCCAUAUCUAAAGUUUUACAGCUGCCAACAAAACAAGGUCCAACGUUCCUCAUCUUCAGUGGAGGAAUGCCGAGGGCCAGUUAUGGCGACAGACACUGCAUUUCCAUCAUCCACAGCAAAACCCACGAGGCUCUCGACUUCACAUCACGCAUUAUCGACUUUUUCGUCAUCCGGGAAGGAGAGGAUCACAGAGGUGACCCCAGCGCUGUCGUGGUUUUGGUGGAGGAGGAGCUGGUGGUGAUAGAUCUGCAGACUGAAGGUUGGCCCGUCAUCCAGACACCCUACCUGGUGCCAUUACACUGUUCUGCCAUCACGUGUUCUCACCACGUCUCGUCCAUCCCGCUCAAACUCUGGGAGAGAGUGCAGGCGGCCGGAGCCAAUCAAAACACGCACUACUCCAGAAAGCCUUGGCCCAUAAACGGAGGACAGAAUCUCGCUCCAGACCCUCCGCAGAGAGACCUGCUCCUGACAGGGCAUGAAGAUGGCACAGUGCGCUUCUGGGAUGCCUCGGGGGUCUGCCUUUUCCCCAUGUACAAGCUUAGCACGGCUGGUGUCUUUCAUACGGAUGCCGACCCGAACGAUAACAUGAACCAGGGCAGUGAGGGAGAGUGGCCUCCGUUCCGCAAGGUGGGCUGCUUUGACCCGUAUAGUGACGACCCUCGGCUUGGCAUUCAGAAGAUCCACCUGUGUAAAUACAGCGGGUACCUCACGGUAGCUGGAACCGCAGGGCAGAUUUUGGUUCUGGAGCUGAACGACGAGGCGGCUGAGCAGACGGUUGAGGCAACAGUGGUGGAUCUGCUGCAGGGUCAGGAAGGCUUCAGAUGGAAGGGUCAGGCGCGUCUAGACGUGCGGGAGGAGCCGGUGUUGUUUCCUGCAGGCUUCCAGCCCUUCGCCCUCGUGCAGUGCCAGCCGCCCGCUGUGGUCACAGCAAUCGCCCUGCACUCAGAAUGGAAACUGGUGGCGUUCGGCACCAGCCACGGAUUUGGUUUUUACGACUACCAACAGAAGAACAACAUAAUGGUCAAGUGCACCCUAAACCCCAGCGAUCAGUUGGCCUUGGAAGGGCCGCUGUCCCGCGUCAAGUCCAUCAAAAAAUCCCUACGCCAGUCUUUCCGUAGAAUCCGUCGCAGCCGGGUCUCCAUGCGCAAACAUCACACCACCAACGCAGCCAAGCUUCAAGAGAUCAAUGCCAGGUUGGAGGCUGAGGCUCUUCAGGAGAUGGAGCUUGCUCCCGUCCAGAGAAAGAUCGAAGCCCGUUCCUCAGACGACUCCUUCACCGGCCUGGUUAGAACGCUUUACUUCGCCGACACGUUCGUCAGUGAUAGUACACACUGUACACCCUCACUGUGGGCCGGGACCAAUGGAGGAGCAGUGUUUGCUUACGUUCUCCGCAUCCCUUCGGUGGAACGGAGGAUGGAGGAUCCUGUGAUGGCUCAUCCAGCUAAAGAGAUUCAACUGAUGCAUCGGGCUCCAGUAGUAGGUCUGGUGGUCUUGGAUGGGAAAGGGGCCCCCCUGCCUGAACCCCUGGAGGUGGCCCACGACCUGGCACGCAGUCCUGAAAUGCACGGGUCCCAUCAUCUGUUAGUCGUGUCAGAAGAGCAGCUUAAGCUGUUUACUUUGCCCAAAGUGAGCAGUAAGUCAAAGCUGAAGCUCACGGCGGUCGAUGGAUCCCGCGUGCGCCGUGUGGGCGUGGCGUGGUUCGGAAGCCGGACCGACGAACAGCUGGAAAGCAGCAUGGUGGUUUUGACCAAUCAGGGUGAGCUUCACGUGAUCUCUCUACCCUCCGUCAAAAUGCUGGUGCACUAUCCCUGCAUACGGAAAGAGGACGUCAGCGGAAUCGCCUCCUGUGUGUUCACCAAAUAUGGCCAAGGUUUCUACCUGAUCUCCCCGUCUGAGUUCGAAAGGUUCUCUCUUUCCACCCGUUGAGUGGUGGAACCACACUCUUUGGUUGAGGCUCCUCAUCAGAUGAGGUCCAAGAAGCCAUCGAGUCCCAUUCACAAGAACCAACCAGAAAUAGAAAACAGGAAUUUCACGAAAGACGGUGAUGGACAUGAGAAUUCUGCUAGUCAAGUAAUGGAGCAUGCUUUGCUCAACGAUGAGAGUGAGUACACGAGGAAUCAGCAGUUAGUCAAACAAAACCCCAUUUUCAGAAAUAAGUAACUGAUUGAAUUUGGCAAGCUCGGACAAUUGACAUAUUAUCAGUUUGUGUGUUUCAUGCUUGCUGUGUUUUAAACAUGCAAAUGGCUGAAAGUAACAAUCUAAACAUGCUGUUUGUUUUAAAAAGAAUGGCCUGUGCAGUUGUGUGUGCAUGAUCUGUAAUGUUCAUUAUCCCGCACAAUAAUAUUGUUGUAUGUUGUCAUUAUUGCAAUGAAUCUGUCUGACAACGCUAGGAAUAGUGUUUAAGGAAAAUUGACAGUUUGUUUGAAUAAUGUCUUGCUCUAACACAGGUGUGCUUCAGGAGAUCCAGAAGUCUCUAGAAGGAGACCAAACGUCCUUUCUGGAGAACAACGUGAAGACUAAGUCAAGAGAAGGCAAUGUGCUGAGCAAUGGAG